UUACCUGUCACACAUCACUGGCCUAUAUAUAGGUUUCCUAAGAUGCCAGUUUAACACAAAGAAAUGCAAAUGGAGAAAAUGGAGGAGAAGGGUGUCCAUGCCAAAAGGCAGAAGGGCGGAAUGGUGACAAUGCCUUUCAUAUUUGCUUUGGCUUUUGUUUUGCUGAAGCUAAUGAGGCGUGCGAGAAGCUGGCGGUGGUGGGUUUUAAUACCAAUAUGAUUAGCUACUUAACAACCCAGCUUCAUAUGCCAUUAACUAAAGCAGCAAAUACCCUCACCAAUUUUUCAGGCACUGCAAGCCUCACACCUCUCAUCGGUGCCUUCUGCGCUGAUGCUUUUGCUGGCCGGUUCUGGACUAUAACAGUCGCGUCCAUAUUAUACCAAAUAGGCAUGACAAGCUUAACACUCUCGGCCAUACUUCCAAAUCUUAGGCCACCGCCAUGCAAAGGAGAUUAUUGCAAAGAAGCAAACACAGGACAACUAGCUGUCCUAUAUGCAUCUCUACUACUGACAGCUUUAGGAUCUGGGGGGAUCCGACCCUGCGUGGUUGCAUUCGGGGCAGACCAGUUUGAUGAAACGGAUCCUAAGCAAUCAACAAAGACAUGGAAAUACUUCAACUGGUACUAUUUCGUGAUGGGGGUGUCUAUACUGCUGGCUGUUACAAUGCUUGUGUAUGUACAAGACAACGUUGGAUGGGGAUUGGGCCUUGGAAUCCCAAGUAUAGCUAUGUUUCUAUCAAUUAUUGCAUUUAUUGUUGGAUACCCUCUUUACCGGAACUUGGAUCCAGCUGGGAGUCCAUUUACCAGGCUGUUACAAGUGUCGGUAGCUGCAUUUAGGAAGAGGAAGCUGCCUAUGGUGUCGGAUCCUAUGUUACUGUACCAAAACGAAGAACUGGAUGCUCCAAUUUCCAUUGGAGGAAAGCUGCUUCACACUAAACACAUGAAGUUGCUUGACAAGGCAGCCAUUGUGACAGAAGAAGACCAACUGAAAGCAGGCCAAACACCCAAUUUAUGGAGACUAAACACAGUACACAGAGUAGAAGAACUGAAAUCUGUUAUAAGAAUGGGACCUAUUUGGGCAGCUGGAAUUCUCCUAAUCACAGCCUAUGCCCAACAAAGCACAUUUUCCCUCCAACAAGCCAAGUCCAUGGACAGGCAUCUCUCAAAAUCCUUUCAAAUCCCUGCUGGUUCCAUGUCUGUCUUCACCAUGACCUCCAUGCUCACAACAAUAGCCAUAUAUGAUCGUUUCUUCGUUCCUUUUGCUCGUAGAUUCACAGGGCUUGAACGCGGCAUAACAUUCUUGCACCGGAUGGGUAUUGGUUUUGUCAUAUCUAUAUUAGCUACUCUAGUUGCGGGCUUCGUGGAAAUCAAGCGAAAACAUGUAGCUGCAGCUAAUGGCCUGUUGAAUUCUCAUGAAUCUAUUCCCAUCUCAGUGUUCUGGCUCGUCCCACAAUAUUCUCUUCAUGGGAUAGCAGAAGCUUUCAUGUCUAUUGGGCAUUUAGAAUUCUUCUAUGAUCAAGCACCAGAAAGCAUGAGAAGCACAGCUAUGGCACUAUUUUGGACAGCGAUUUCAUUUGGGAAUUAUGUGAGCACCCUUCUGGUUACCUUAGUGCACAAGUUUAGUGCUGGCCCUGAUGGAUCAAACUGGCUUCCUGAUAACAAUUUGAACAAGGGGAAACUCGAGUAUUUUUACUGGUUGAUCACAUUGAUGCAAGCCAUUAAUCUUGUUUACUAUUUAAUUUGCGCCAAGAUGUAUACUUUCAAGCCCAUUCAGAUCCACACUAAAGAAGUCAGCGACUCUAAAGAUGAUGGGGUGGCAGUGGAGCUUACGAACAAGGUUUAACCCAGCUCCAACUUGACAUAGUUUGUACACAAUUAGAGUAGAAUCUGAUACUAUGAAUAAAUCUACAUAUAGUAUGUGAAAAAAGAGUUGUAGAAUCAAUUAAUCAACCCCUUCCUAUGUAAAUUUUAUUUUUAAAAAGUUAUUAUUUAGUCUA